GCUUGGGGCGGAGGGAAGUGGGUCCGUUGGUCGGUCGGGAACGAGGCUGUGGCGGCCAGGCCCGCGCCGAGGGUUGCCAUGGCAGCCGCCGCCGGGGGCGCGGACGACGAGCCGCGCUCGGGCCGCUCGAGCUCGGAGGGCGAGUGCGCCGUGGCGCCGGAGCCGCUGACGGGCGCCGAGGGCCUCUUCUCCUUCGCCGACCUCGGCGCUGCGCUGGGCGGCGGCGGCGGCGCGGGCCUGGCGGCGCGGGCGUCCGGCGGGGCGCAGUCCCCGCUGCGCUACCUGCACGUCCUGUGGCAGCAGGACGCGGAGCCGCGCGAGGAGCUGCGCUGCAAGAUCCCCGCCGGCCGGCUGCGGCGAGCCGCCAGGCCGCACCGCCGCCUCGGGCCCACGGGCAAGGAGGUGCACGCGCUGAAAAGGCUGAGGGACUCGGCCAACGCCAAUGACGUGGAAACAGUGCAGCAGCUGCUGGAAGACGGCGCGGAUCCCUGUGCAGCUGACGACAAGGGCCGCACGGCUCUCCACUUCGCCUCCUGCAAUGGCAAUGACCGCAUCGUGCAGCUCCUCCUGGACCAUGGGGCCGAUCCCAACCAGCGCGACGGGCUGGGGAACACACCGCUCCACCUGGCGGCCUGCACCAACCACGUCCCUGUGAUCACCACACUGCUGCGAGGAGGGGCCCGGGUCGAUGCCCUGGACCGAGCCGGGCGCACGCCCCUGCACCUGGCCAAGUCGAAGCUGAGCAUCCUGCAGGAGGGCCACUCCCAGUGCCUGGAGGCCGUACGACUGGAGGUGAAGCAGAUCAUCCAGAUGCUGAGGGAGUACCUGGAGCGCCUGGGGCGCCACGAGCAGCGCGAGCGGCUGGAUGACCUCUGCACCCGCCUGCAGAUGACAAGCACCAAAGAGCAGGUGGACGAAGUGACCGACCUCCUGGCCAGCUUUACCUCUCUGAGUUUGCAGAUGCAGAACAUGGAGAAGAGGUAGCAAGAGAGGGUCCCUGCCUCCUCGCUUGCCACUGCCCCUUCCCGCCCCCACUGCGCUCAUUCAAAGCAAAAGCCGGGUGUCUGGCGAGGACUUGACCUUCAUCCCCAGAUGCUGGGGGCGGAGGCAUGAUUUCUGCCACCUCAGAACUGCUCCCCUGGUCUCCAUCAUCUCUGUGGGCCAGGACCAUUGUCCCCCACUUCUUCCUCCAGCUCCUGCUGCACCAUACCAGUCCGUGCAGGCACACUGUAGCUCUGUGUGACAGGCACUACGUGGGUUCCACUUGUCCCACGGCCUCCCUGGGCCCUCAGCAGGCCCCAGAGCCUCCUCUGCUCCUUCCCUGCCAUGUUGGCUUAGGACAGGCCAAGGGCACUGCCACUGGGCCUCAUGGUUUGGCCUUGUGCCUCUCACCAGCGCUGAGACGGACUUGUCGCCUGACCUUUGAGGAGACACUGCAGUGAGCUUCCGUAGCUGGAAGGGGGAGGGUGGGUGAUGCUUAGGCCUUAAAAAUACCGUGUUAGGACCCUGCCGAGCCCGAAGCAGCGUCUGCAGCCCCUUUCCUCCCAGCCAUCGGAACCCCAGGAGGGUGUGGCAGUUUGCAGCCCGGGUGUAGGAGGCUGCUAGUGGCUGCUGAGUGUCCGUCAUGAAUUCCAGGAUCCCGUGACCCUCGCUUUGGAUGGCAGAGGGGCUCUGUAGUGACGCUGUGUCCCAGGGCCGUGGCCGGGGAGAGUACCCUGGGUGCCUGGGUGGGAUGUGUAGUCACAGGGAUCCUACCGGCGGAAGCCGGAGACGUGAGCGGAAGUGGGAGCUACGCCGAUGGACGGACGCGAGAAGCUGGCGUAACCCCAGGAGGGGGCUGCGAGCCGAGGAAGCUGGAGAGGCAAAGAAAUGGUUCUUUACUCGGAAUUCCAGGAGAGCCGGCCCUGCUGACACUUGCCUGUGGCUCAGUGAGACUGAACCUAAAAGUCUGGCCUCCAGAACUGUAAGAAAAUAAAGCUGUGUGA